UGGAUUAAUACUGAUAGUUCUUCUGAACCAGUGAAGCACCCUAAUGCAGUGUGACUACACAGAGAGCAAGGACUUCUACUGUAGCUUUAACCAAUGCAGGACUCUUCAACCAACAUGGAGAAGACUAAUCAGAUCUGGAUACUCAGAGAGGAUGGAGGGAGAUCCAUCUGUCACAUAUACAAAAUAGAAGACUAACUCCUGUCAUUCAUUUGGUGACUGAUACCUGCUCUGCCUGCUGUACAGAUUACUGGACCAGAUCCUUUCAUGAUGGAUAAAAAACUGUUACAUAGACCAACAGGACUAGUUUGGGUACACUCCGCUCCAAUACUAUAUCUUGUUGAAGAGGACUACAGGAAAUUGGACUCAGAGAACAGAAGGGCAACAGCAGACACUAGUUUAUAUGAACCAGAACCAGUACUGCAUCCAUCCAGAUCUCUCUACAUUUGUAUUCAUCCCCAGCCUACUCGUUCACCUUGUUGUUCCUCGGACACUGAAACUUCUCAGUGCGCAGUGAAAAAAAAGGAAUAAGGAACCUUACCUCAAACAUUAUGUAAAACAUAUGGGGGAGUACAUGUAUUGACUUUUGACCACCAUGUUUAGAAAAUGUGGGUCGUUUGUCUAGGUGAGGUGUCUUGGGCAACCUAAUUGUCUGUUAGCUACUGUGUGCGAUGUUGAGAGGAGAUGUCCCAGCCCCGCCAGGGUGGAACUGGUGUUUCCCGUGUUCGGUGGGGGUGGACUGCAGUGACCCAGAGCCACGUUGUAUCUGGUUGGCAGUGUUACAAAGGGUUUCACAAGACAACACACCACACUCCUACCCCCCUGCAUCUUCCCUCGUUUCCCAUCAUCAGAGCGUGCCCAGGAGGACCAUACCGAGUAGUGGCCUGGCCAGGGCAAAAGGGCUGAGAGAUGGUAUGGUGUCAUCCAAUGAGAAUGUCCAUCCACAGUUGCUGGGUGAGGUUGAGGGUGUGUCAAGGCAGGGCCCUCGGACCGUGGUGCUCCAGAAGAGUCAGCAGGGAUUCGGCUUCACACUGCGCCACUUCAUUCUCUACCCACCGUCUCUCCAGACACACAAAGAUGAGGAAAAUGGAAAUGGAACUGGAAAAGCCAGCCUGAGACCUGGUCUGGAGCCCAUGGACACCAUCUUUGUGAAGAGUGUGAGGGACAGAGGCCCAGCCCAACAGGCUGGCCUGUGUACAGGGGACAGACUGGUGAAGGUUAAUGGAGAGAGUGUUCUGGGGAAGACCUACUCUCAGGUGAUAACACUAAUCCAAAACAGUGGAAAUGUUCUGGAACUAUCCAUCAUGCCAAAAGAUGAGGAUGUGAUGCAGUUGGUGAGUGCGUACUCUCAGGAUGCCAACCUACAAGGGAUCAAGCCAUAUUCAGGCAGGCCACAGAACCUUCCAGAACCGCCACCUCUCUGUUACUCUCGAUCCAAGCCCACCCCUCCUAUCGCCUUACCCACCCACAUCCCGCUGGACAACUGGCACUGCCGCCCUGUUAGCCAAGCCUUCCCCCUGGACAACUGCUCUAGCACAUCUACAUUGACCUCUGGCUGGCCCGGGGGUCCUGAAGAGCACAAGCAGAAGAAUGGCGUCCAAUUUGUCUCUGCACAAAAUCCAUCUUACGGUCAUAAUCGUGGUCGUUCAUUAUCAACGCUAAGUGCUCUGGAUUUUCAUUUUGCCAACCACAAUGCUGCCAUUGCCUCAGCAACGCUGCCUCAUGUGCUGCCACGCAAAAGCAGCCUGCCAGCUUCACGUGCACAAGCAGAUGCCAGGUGCCAUCAGGCCCUGUCGGACUGGUACUACAGCCAGGCAGAAGCAGCAGACAUGUCCCCUCGCCAUCGAAGUAUAUCUCAGGAUCGGUUAGCUGAGCUGGGGCUGGCGCUUGGCUCUGCUUCCUCAGCUGAUCAGAGAAGCUGGAGAGUUUCCCAAGAAACUAUUCAAUGUCAUCAGCAGGCAGCUGCCCCCUCCCACAACUCCUAUUGGCUUGAAGGCUGGGGCAUGGUGGGACCGGGAAGUCGUUCCUGCUCAGAGGGCCUGUUAGCAGCGCAUGCUGAAUAUGAGCACAGCUACGGUCGCUCAGUGGACACACUAGCUCAGGCUGCUGCGCUGGUCUCCCCCCAUGGUGACCAAACCUCCGCCUGGCUUUCACAAACUGGCCAACCAGAUACAAGAGCUGUUGAGGUAAAAAAGCAGCAAGGUUUAGGAAACCAGCAGAAAAAUUUAAAAACUACAGUCACAUCAUCAAUGGUUAUUUCUGCCACAGUCUCUGCUGUUGGGCGGCAGCACCAACAGAUGGCUGAACCACAAACCAGAAGAAUGGAAGGGAAAGAAUCAGUAGACUACAAAAGCUACAGCCCAUUGUGCCCUCCCAAAGCUGGUCAUUUUUUACAACAAGACCAUUCUUUUAGGGAGCCCACCUACGGCUCUCAUUUCAACUGGAGCCCUUGUAACCAAACCAGUCCCUCGGACAGCGAAUUAGGAUUGGUGGUUGUACCUCGUCCCCAAUCCACUCCUGCUCUCUUUUCGACUGAGGAUGACAAGCUUACACUUGAACAAGACAGGGAGGCCCUCUCACCACUUGCAUUCAACCAAGAGAUCAUCUUCAGGCAGAAGCCACCGUCGGGUUGUCGGAUCCCCAUCCACACUCUACAACAUCCUCAUUAUGCUGUCAGCGUGGACUCUGCUGAGCCUCCCGCAGCACUGUCCUCUCCUGUCUCUGGGGGUUCAAGGCCAGGGGAUAGUUUACGAAAGGCUAAUGGUAACCUGCCUCCUGACAACUCCCUGGCUUCCAUUCCUUUCAUAGAUGAGGCCACAAGCCCUAAUGCUGACAGUGCCUGCCAUGUGCCUGCCUGCAGUUUGGUGUCCUCCAGUGCCCAGUGCCCCUCUGUUCUCGCUUCUGUGCCCACCCUCCUCACUUCUAAUAUGGUGUCCCCUAUCCUCUCCAACUCCUCCCCUGUCCGACUCCGCACCAGGGACUGCAGCAGUAUCAAGGGACGCCGUUCCUCCUACUUGCUGGCCAUCACAACUGAACGAUCCAAGUCAUGUGACGAGGGUCUCAAUAGCUUCUGGGAAGAAGGGCGUGUUUUCUCACGACUACCAAAAAGGGUCAAGAGCUUUUUCACUGAUGGGUCUCUAGAGAGUUUGCGAGUUGCAGAGGAGGUGCGGUCCAAACGCCACUCCACCUCUGAGUUGGGCACUAUCACUUUCAGUAAUGUCCGCAAGGAGGGCUGGCUGCACUACAAACAGAUCCUUACCGAAAAGGGAAAGAAGGUGGGUGGAGGCAUGCGUCCAUGGAAACGUGUCUUUUCUGUGCUACGCUCCCAUUCACUGUUCCUCUACAAAGACAAACGUGAGGCGGUCCUUCAUGGGGCAGGGGCAGGCCCCAGCCACACAGAAGAUGAGCAUCCACCAAUCAGUAUUCGGGGCUGUUUGAUUGACAUUGCUUAUAGUGAAACUAAGCGUAAGCACACGCUGAGGCUGACCACUCAGGACUUCUGUGAGUACCUGCUGCAAGCAGAGGACCGAGAUGACAUGCUGGGCUGGAUCAGAGUCAUCCGGGAGAACAGCAAGACGGACAAUGAAGAACUGGGUUUCUCCAGACAAGCUCUCAUCAGCAAGAAACUCAAUGAUUACAGGAAACAAAGUCCAACAGGCAAUAAGCCAGAUGCCUCUCCCAAGACCCAUCGCAGGAUGCCACCUUUUCUCUUGACCAAGACAGACAACACAUCUUCGCACCGUUAUUCCAAAACUGAUGAAAUUAAGACACAUUGGGGGAUUAACAUCAUGAAGAAGGCAAAGAAGACAGGGAAUCCCAAGGUGUUUGGAGUGCGACUGGAGGACUGUCAACCUGCUCACAACAACACGUUUGUCCCUUUGAUAGUGGAGAUGUGCUGUGGUAUGGUGGAAACCAUGGGUUUAGAGUACACUGGCAUCUACAGGGUACCAGGCAACAAUGCCAUGGUGUCCAGCCUUCAGGAGCAACUCAAUAAGGGGAUGGAGAUCAUCACCACCGAAGAGAGAUGGCAGGACUUAAAUGUCAUAAGUAGCCUGCUGAAGUCCUUCUUCAGGAAACUUCCAGAACCCUUGUUCACAGAUGCCAAAUACAGUAACUUCAUCGAUGCCAAUCGGCUAGAAGAUGCAGAGGACAGACUUAAGACCAUGAGGAAACUGAUCCAUGAUCUACCAAGGCACUAUCACCACACCCUCAGGUUUUUGGUUGGCCAUCUGAAAACAGUAGCUGAUUAUUCUGACAAAAAUAAGAUGGAGCCUAGAAAUCUGGCUCUAGUGUUUGGUCCCACUCUGGUUAGAACAUCAGAAGAUAACAUGACUGACAUGGUCACCCACAUGCCAGACCGGUACAAGAUCAUUGAGACACUCAUCUUACAUCAUGACUGGUUCUUCAAUGCUGGAGCACUGGAUAGAGAUGAGAAGGCCCCAGUGGAUAAGAGAGACAUGCUGCCUGUUCCAAAUAUUGACCACUUACUUUCCAACAUCGGUAGGACAGGUGUGCUUGGGGAAACCUCAGUUUCCACCACCAGCGAUUCAGUUAAAUCAAAGGUCUCAUUGGACAUCAAGAAGGACCUGAGUGCCAGAGACUUCCUUCCAUCACUCAUCUUUACAGCCACCCGGAAACGCAAGAAAUGUCCCAGUACCCAUCAAUUGGGAAGCAGCUCUGGUGAGGACUCUGAGCACGAGCCAAUCAAAGCAAGCAACUAUGGGGGAGAGGAAGAAAAGAAGGGAAAGGACCAAGAGCAAGAGCAUGUGUCUGAAGGACUGAACCGUCCUAGAAUAGAAAAUAAUGGGGAAACAGAAGUGAAUAAGGGUAAAAAGAGGAUAGAGGAGAAACAAUCCCUGUUUAGGGGAAGUGGGGUGACAGUGGAAAGAGAGAAAGAAAGACCUGCAAGAAAUAUUGUGCGUCGGGAUGAAGGGGGGUUAUCCACUAAAAUACCCCAGCCUUGUCCUAAUAGCUUCCUAUACUCACACUGUCAGUCCCCCAACAUCAUCACCAGCACCACACAAAUGAGGCCCCAAGAGGAGCUCACUGCCCUGCCCCUCUUAAAUGUCCCAAGCCUGGCCAAAGCAUGCUCAGUUUUCCCCUCCUGGCUCUCCCAUCUCAGACUGCCUAGCCUCAGCCAAGCUUCAAGUCUUCAAAGAGCACCGCAGACCCAGUGGGACCAGACACUGCCAGUGCGUUAUAGGAAAAAAAGAGGAAUAAGAGUGAGGGCUGUGUCCAUGAAUUUAGAGAUGGAACUUGGCAAGGAUGAGGAUGGAUUAAAAAGUAGAAGAGGAGAAAGGGUUGAGUUACUAAGAUCACCAGUGAAAGAGCAGUGUCAGCACGGCAGCCCAGUGGAGGCUUCUCAGCGGGCCACAGUCCACCCAGUUACAGUUCCCGACAGCACACUGUCAGCCUUGGCUCCUGGCCCUCUCUUGACGAUAGGGCCUCCCUCUCUCUCCCACUCUUCAGCUGGACGGACAGAUCAGGAUCCCCUCUAUCCUUCCACCAUAGUACUACGGAAAACAACCUUAGAGGCUCAUAAGAGGAAGGCAUGGCGCCGUCACACAGUGGUAGUUUAAAAGUCAAAAGCACUAGCCCUUACCCACAUGCACUGGAAAGUGUAAGUACAGCAUUCACUUUUUCCCAAACCAAAGGCAAACUGAAUUAGUGUCAUUGUCAGACACAUCCUGAACUGCUUUGGAGCUUAUACGUAUAAGAGCAAAAAUCUGGUUGACAUUCUCUAUACUAGCCUUUGGUAAAAUUAUUGACGGUAGGCCUGACAGAAAAGACAAGCAGAUAAAAGUGUUUACUUAAAGGGAUACAUCAUUUUAGAACAUGUAAGGAAACAAACUAUUCCUGCACAGGUUCACUUCUUAGCUAAAACUAAGGUAAUUUCCAUAGACUAGCUCUUCCAUUUACCAUAUCUCUUUACUAAACUCUUUCAAAGCUGUGAAACAGGAAUAGUGAUCUGUUAGGUGUUUAAAACAUGCAUUCUUUCACUCCUCAGUGUUCAUAAUGCCAAAGUUUCCUUGAAUUAAUUGCAUGCUACCUAUGGUGUACAUAUCAAACACAUUAUUCAAAGAAGCAUUGAACAAAGCCUAUUGUACCUGUCUGUGUAAUGUGUUUGGUCAACCCAGAUAUUGGGAAUACCACUCUCUGGCCCCCCAUGACAGGAACAAAGUAUCUGUGGCAGCUCAAUAAAGUCAUGCCAAUAUUUACUUUUUACAGUUGUGGCCAUUGUAGCAUGUCCAAUCAUCAUUACAUUACAAGUGGAAAGACAGACAAGAUAAAGGGAACCAAGCAUACAGUGUUUUGUGUAUGAGUUAACACUUGCUAAGAGUGAUUCUGGUUGAUAUUAGUUUUACAGGCAUAGUAUUUUCAUGGGAACAGUUAAAAAAGGGUGGCUUGAAAUUAGCCUAACUUCCUCAUAUCCAAAACCUUAAAGUUUUACCGGUUAUUCUUUCUGCUUUGUUAGUUUCUAUGUAUCAGUACAGGAAAUUAUGUUUGUCUGAAACCAAGAUGGUGGUGAAUCAGCCUGUAUUACUGCCAACAUCUGUCCUACAAGCCUAUUCCAUUGUCUCUUUAAUAGUUUGUCUGUGCUCUUGUGCAUGGACUACAUGUAUGUGGGUGACUGUGUGUCUACCAACUUUGUAACAGUUGUACAAAGCCUUGUCAAGUUAACCUGUGUAUACUGUAUAUUCUACAUAAUAUAUUAAAUUAUUUCUUUUGAAAUUAACUUGUUCUUCAUAUAAUUCUUUUAUAUAUUGUCAGGAAUGUCUCCUAAAACAUUUGAAUCACUAAAGUACGUCCAAAUUG